AGCUGCAGAAGAAGAUCUCUAGUUUUUGGAUGGAUAUCAUAGAAUUCCAGCAAAACAUCACAGUUCAAUACUGCUUCCCUGACAACAAUAUGUCUUGCAAAAAGGACAUCCAAUCAGGCCCUGGGAAUGUAUUGGUAUUAGUUUUCCUCUCAUGUAUAUCUGUGUGUACUGUGAUUUUGAACUUGUUGGUGAUUAUAUCAAUCUCUCUCUUCAAGCAGCUCCACACUCCAACCAACCUGCUCAUCCUCUCUCUGGCUGCAGCAGAUCUUCUCGUGGGAAUGUUUGUUAUGCCUGUGAACAUAGUGCAGAUGAGAGAUUCCUGUUGGUAUUUUGGAAAAAUGUCAUGCUCUGUUUUUCAAGCAAUCAAUUCUGUCUCAGUAUCAUCCUCUCUCUGUAGCCUGACGUUUAUCACAGUUGAUCGGUACAUUGCUGUCUGUGACCCUCUGCUUUAUUCUACUAGAGUCACAUUUUAUAAAACGGUUUUAUUAGUAAUUCUAGCUUGGUCAUUCUGUUUGUUGUACGUCAUCAUAUUUUUGUAUUUUAAUGACCUCCUUCUUCCAUCUCAGAUAUCCACUAAUUGCUAUGGGGAAUGCAUGAUGGUCAUAAAAAAAUCCUGGAUGAUUGUCGACCUGGUAAUUUUUUUUCUGACUCCUUGCUCUACCAUACUGGUCUUGUAUUCGAUCAUUUUUUCUGUGGCAAGACAUCAAGCUAGAGCUGUCACAACUGUAAAAAAAGGCUUUUCAAAGAAACGUGGGCUUAAAAUCUCAAACUCCUCUGAAAGCAAAGCAGCAAAAAAAAUAGGUGUUGUGAUUUUUGUUUAUCUCGCUUGUUAUAUACCGUUUUAUAUAAGUUCAUUGUCUGUGGAGAGUUUGACCUCUUGGUCGAUUGUGUGGACUGUGUUCGGUUGGCUAGUCUAUAUGAACUCUGCUAUAAACCCAUUGACAUAUGCCAUGUUGUAUCCAUGGUUCAGAGCAUCAGUGAAGUUUAUUGUAACUUGUAGAAUAUUUGAAUCUGCAAGGUUAAACUUGUUUCCAGAAAAUGCAUAACUAAUAGGUCGAGAUAAUGUAAC